AUGAUGGAUGCACAUAAUUUCUCGUUUCUGCUCUGUUGUGCGGCUGCCCUCUCAAUAGCAGGAGCACAAAGAGCGAGACUGCCAAUUACUUUAUAUCUGUCGCACAACCUCACCUACGUCUCCGACGACGGGUUCAUUGACAGUGGGGUGAACAUUCAGAUAGAAUCCGGCGGCCUAACGAGUGGCACCAACAAGGGAUACUACACGGUGAGAUCCUUCCCAAACUACACAAGAAACUGCUAUCAGCUGCCGGCAACUAUUGGUGACAAGUACAUUAUCCGGGCUUCCUUCCUGUACGGAAAUUAUGACGGCCUCAACACACUGCCAAGCUUUGAUCUCUAUCUUGGUGUGAACUUUUGGGACACCGUGAACUUGACCGAUAACAAUACCCCGUUCCGGCCGGAGUUGGUCGUCCAAGCAGAGGCAAGCUACCUGUUUGUGUGCCUCGUGAGAACAGGAAACGGAACACCUUUCAUUUCUUAUUUGAAGCUCUGGCCACUCAAUGCAGACAUGUAUGCCCCUGCCAAUAGCUCGCUCUCCCUCGCUUUGAAAACAUUCAUGCGAGUAGAUGCUGGGACCACGACAGAAACUGCGUACCCGGACGACCGCUUUGAUCGCAUAUGGUCGCCAGACUACGACGGCUAUGGGACUCCCUUCAACACAACUGAAACAGUGAGCGAGUCUGGUGACCCAAUGUUUGGGAUGCCGUCGGUCGUCAUGCAAACUGCUGUCUACUCGAAGGAUGUGAUCUUGGUCAAUUGGACUGGGGGAGUUGACGACAUGUUCUACCUCUACUUGGAGUUCGCCGACGUAGUGCGACCGGCCAACGCCCAAUCGAGGCUUAUGAACGUUCUGAUGAAUGGCCAGCAAGUCUUUGGUGCGAGUUCAAAAGAAGCUGGCUCGUUCUCUUCCAUGAUGGCACAGUCUGCAUCUGCAUACUUGGGAUUUGGUUUUGGUAUUCUUGUCGAUCUUCUUAGUGCUAUCGGUGCUCCUUCUGGCUCUUCAAGUUGUGAUGAUCUUUCUUCUUCUGCACUUCUUUGUUGGAGAGGACUGACUCCUGUUCUCCAUGGAUCUAUACAUCACGUUCUAAAUGCUUUUAAAUUUUCUGACAUAGACAAGCCGGGGGAAGGCGGACGUCCACAAGACCACAACAAAAUCGUAGCUAGUUUUUCACAACAUCAUGCAAGCUCGGAGUCUGGUAAAAGUGGCACUUUCACUUACUCUCAAGUUGUGGAAAUAACGAAUAACUUCGAGAAAGUUAUCGGUAGAGGAGGGUCUGGCACUGUCUUCUAUGGACGCCUCAAAGAUGGACAUGAAGUCGCAGUUAAGAAACUGUCCUCAAGAUUUGUUGAACGAGGAGUUAUGGAAUUUGCUGCUGAGGUUAAUAUGCUGAUGCAAGUUCACUAUAAAUAUUUAGCCCCUUUUGUUGGGUACUGUGAUGAUGAACAAGAGUUGAUCCUCAUUUACGAGUACAUGUCUAAUGGAAACCUUCAGAAUCGACUUUCAGAAGAAAUGGCUGAUACAUUGAACUGGCAGCAACGGUUGAACAUUGCUUUGGAUGCAGCAAAAGGCCUGGAAAACUUGCAUUCAGGAUGUACGCCUGCAUUCAUUCACAGGGAGGUCAAGUCGAGCAACAUUCUAAUCAAUGAGAAGUUUGAAGCAAAGGUUGCAGAUUUUGGGCUGUCAAAGGCUGUUGUCUCAGAUGAGAUUACACAUAUUACAACUGUUGUUGCUGGCACAGCUGGAUAUCUUGACCCUGAGUAUUGUUACACCAACAAAGUUAUUGAGAAGAGUGAUGUGUAUGGAUUUGGGGUUGUCCUGUUUGAGCUCAUUACUGGCCGAUCUGCCAUAUCAACUAAUGCCAAGGGAGAAAGACUCCCGCUGGUUCAACUUGUACGGCCAGAACUUAUGAGAGGAACCAUCAAAGCUGUUAUUGAUCCUAGACUACAUGGUCAAUACGAUAUCAGCUCCAUGUGGAUGGUUGCAGAGUUGGCAAUGACAUGCACUGAGGAGAUGUCGGUCAUAAGGUCUACUAUGACAGAGGUUGUGGCUCACUUGAAAGAAGCCAAGGAGAUUGAGAGAACUAGAGAGAAAAGUGGAAGCUGGAGAAAGUGGGCAAUCUUCACAUCUUCAUCAUCAAGUGCCACUGCUACAUCGAACUCGGAUUUGUCCAUUUAUCCACCUGCAAGUUAA